ACCUGCUCUGAAUCGGUGAAGGCCAAAGCUGCCAAGUCUGACUGGCUGCAAGGUCUUUUCCUGCCCAACAUUGUGCUCUUCACAGACAAGAGAUACUUCAGUGACAGUGAGUGGGACCGCCUGGAGCAUUUCGCACCUCCGUAUGGCUUCAUGGAGCUGAAUUACUCACUGGUGAAGGAAGUCAUGACCCUGCUGCCCCCAAAUCCCCACCAGCAGCUGCUCCUGGCCAACAGCAACAGCAGCGUGCCAACAUGCAUCAGCUGUGCUGUCGUGGGGAAUGGAGGAAUAUUGAAUAACUCUGGCAUGGGCCAGGAGAUUGACUCCCAUGACUAUGUCUUCCGGGUGAGCGGGGCUGUAAUCAAAGGUUAUGAAAAAGAUGUGGGAACAAAAACCUCCUUUUAUGGAUUCACAGCCUACUCCCUGGUGUCCUCACUCCAGAUCUUGGGACACAGAGGGUUCAGCAACAUCCCGCGGGGAAAACAUGUCAGAUACAUUCACUUCCUGGAGGGAGAUAGAGACUAUGAGUGGCUGAAGGCUCUUCUGCUGAACAAGAACAUCAGGAAAGGAUUUUUGAACGAGUACGGGCAGAGGCCCCGGGAGAGAUUCGAUGAAGAUUUCACAAUGGACAAAUACCUGGUAGUUCACCCUGAUUUCCUCAGAUACAUGAAAAACAGGUUUUUAAAAUCUGAAAGUCUGGAAAAACCGUACUGGCGGCUGUACAGACCCACAACGGGGGCCUUCCUGCUGCUGACUGCCCUCCAUCUCUGUGACCAGGUGAGUGCCUAUGGCUACAUCACAGAGGGUCACGAGAAGUACUCAGAUCACUACUAUGACAAGGACUGGAAACGUCUGAUUUUCUACACUAACCACGACUUCAACCUGGAGAAGCAGGUGUGGAAAAAGCUUCAUGAUGAGAAUAUCAUGAAGCUUUACCAGAGGUCCUGA